GAGCCAAAAGCACAUUCAGUGUGUGAAGUGUGACUAGUGAAAGAGAGGGAUGGCUUCUAAUUGUAACUCCCAAGAAAUGGCUUCAAUGGCCACAGAAAGCUGCAACCAAAUAGCCUCAAUAUUCUCGAAGCCCACCCACCCAUUCCCUCCCCCACUGGACCUCUUGGUAAGCGAGCUCGGCACCGUUGCCUCUCAAAACGGCCGCGUUUUCCUUUACGGCGUGGGCCGUGAGGGCCUCAUGCUCAAGGCCCUCUGCAUGCGCCUCGCCCAUCUGGGCCUCUCAUCCCACCUCGUCUUCGACAUGACCACUCCCCCCAUCGGCGCCGGCGACCUCCUCAUCGCCUCCGCCGGUCCCGGCGGUUUCUCCACCGUCGACGCUAUAUGCGCGGUGGCGCGCUCCCACGGCGGAAGGGUGCUACUCCUGACUGCCCAGCCCGAGACUGGGUCGUGCGUGAAGCACGCAAACGCCGUGGCUUACGUGGCAGCGCAGACUAUGGCCGAUGAUAAGGACGCAGCAGGGGAUGUGAAAUCUCGGCCGUUGCUUCCGAUGGGAAGUGUGUAUGAAGGAGCGCUGUUCAUUCUGUUUGAGAUGGUUGUUUACAAGUUGGGGGAAGCCUUGGGUGAGAGUGCUGAAGCCGUUCGAUCUCGCCACACUAAUCUUGAAUAAAAUUAUAUCAGCCGUUCGAUCUUGCUGCGAGAUUUCUCAU